AGGGAGGGAGGAGCGUUCCGCACGGCGGCGGGGGUUCUGCUGCAGCCGGGCGCUGGUGGAAGCUAUUGUGGGUCUCGCGGCCUGAGCGCCCGGAGCUAUGUUCUGCGAGAAAGCCAUCGAGCUCAUCCGCGAGCUUCACCGUGCCCCCGACGGGCAGCUCCCAGCCUUCAACGAUGAUGGAAUCAGGCAAGUUCUGGAAGAGAUGAAAGCUUUGUAUGAACAGAACCAGUCUGAUGUAAAUGAGACUAAGUCAGAUGGACGAAGUGACUUAAUUCCGACAAUCAAAUUUCGACAUAGUUCUUUGCUGAGAAAUCGACGUUGCAUAGUUGCAUAUUUGUAUGAUCGAUUGCUUCGGAUUAGAGCUCUCAGGUGGGAAUAUGGCAGUGUCUUGCCAAACACGCUGAGGUUUCACAUGUCAGCUGAAGAAAUAGAAUGGUUCAAUCGCUAUAAAAAGUCUCUUGCUACAUACAUGAGAUGUUUGGGUGGAGAUGAAGGAUUAGAUAUUACACAAGAUAUGAAACCCCCUAAGAGCCUGUACAUUGAGGUGCGGUGUCUAAAAGACUAUGGAGAGUUUGAAGUUGAUGAUGGAACUUCAGUUUUAUUGAAAAAAAAUAGCCAGCAUUUCUUGCCUAGAUGGAAGUGUGAACAACUAAUCAGACAAGGAGUCCUAGAACAUGUUCUGUCAUAACAGUGUCCUGAAAACUUUGGGAAAACUUUCUUUUUAGUGUAGUGUUGAACCCAGUACAAAUGUCUCUCUGCCCUUCUCCCCUUCAUUGUGAUCCUAAAAAUUAUAGAUGGAUCGUUUCUUGAGGUAUAAUUUCCUCAUGUAUUUUUUUUACUCCUGAUGCUAAGAAAAAUGUUGGAGUUUGUUUUUCUUAGGAAUAAAUAAUGACCUUUUGGGAA